GUGUCGGUUCAAGCGUUCCGGCCUCAGCCACGCUGAGGGGUUUCUAUGGCGACGGGGUUACUGGUUUCCCCCCCCCCCCCUCGCAGCAGCCAGGAAAUCUCGGGGAACUCGGAAGGCACAGCGAGCUAAUCUUAUGAAAAUGGAACCCUUGGAAGAAACAGCGUCUUCAAAUGAACAUGAGGAUUUGGGAACUCAAGAGGAACCAGCACAAUUUAAUCCUCUCCUGAUGGCUGCUUUAAGGGGUGAUAUGGAAGAACUACAACAGAUUUUUGAGGAUUCGGAGGAUCCUGAUCAUGAAAAAGUCAAUAAGUUUUUAAUGGAAAAGGAUAUUCUAGGGAGAAACCUACUAUUUACAACUUGUAUGGUUGGUCAGAAUGAUGUUAUCCAAUCCCUGGCAAAAUAUGGAGUUGACCUGAAGGAUAAGACAGUCAGAGGUUAUACACUUCUCCAUUGUGCUGCAGCCUGGGGUCAGCUAAACACACUGAAAACUCUGAUAGAGCUGGAAGCUGAUAUUUAUGCAACCACAUUCCGGGGUGAAAAUGCUAGAGAAAUUGCUAAUCGAUAUAAGCAAGCAGAGUGUGCUGAAUUCUUGGAUUGGGCAGAGGCCAAGCAGAAUUUACGCAAUUUUAUUUCCCAAAUCCAGGCAACAAUCACUGAUCCGAGAAAGUUCAAGGAAAGCUGAAUAAAGAAGAUAAG